AUGGUUAGAAGAGAAUGUUUGAUAACUGCGUUGGUUGCAGUGUUAGGUAUGUUAGGAAACAGCCACGCUUUCGACAUGGAGGCAUGGGCCAACGAAACUCCUGACACUGCGGACAUUAAAAAUUUAGGCGACAAGCAUAUGACAGAUAAAGCAAAAGAUGAUUAUGCUACUGCUCUGGAUAUUACUACAGAAAACAAUUCAAAUAGUGAGGUCGGAGAUAUGGAUGCAGUCCUGAAGGAACUCCAGGAUCAGACUUUGGGUGGUAAUAUAGAAGGUACACAGGAGGCUACAAGUGGUGAAAAUGUAGAUAAUAAGAAGGAUGUAGACGUAUCUGAGACAUCAAAGGAGAGUGAAAAAUCUGAACAGCCAAGAAUCGAAGUUCCUGCAGACGAUACGGAUCACGCGAAGAUUGUUUCAAAAGAAGAAUACGAAUCAAAUCAUAAAAAUGCAGGGUUGAAUGAAGCUUCGGUUAAUAUAACAAUUCCAGUAGAUACGAGUGCGGCGUAUUCUCUUAUUCCGACGGUGCCUUCUGAUGAUUCUGAUGCUACUUCGGGCAACAACGACGCCAUCAUUGACGUCUUAGAACCAUCAGGGCAAAACAUGAGAUUAGAUACCAUCGCUAUGAUAGAUGAAACUAUUUUGAAACUUGAUAAGCGAUUGCGAAAUUUCUUGGAUGCGGUAUCUGCCGGAGCCCAUGACCUUGACUACUACCAACGUUUCCUGGAGCAUACGUAUGAAACGUUCUGCCGUGAGAUUAACGGUGAUCUGGGACAGCUGGAUUCGGUCAAAUCGGAUGCAGAUGCGAAUGGUGCGCCCGUGAAUGUGCAGAUAAGCGCCAAAAUGUCCAGCGCUAUCCGAGAAAGUUUCGACACCAAAGUGGAAGUAUUGGAACUGGCAGCUUCAGAGGUAGCCAUGCAAAAAUCAAAGGAAAUAGGAGCGAGGACAAUUCAUGAUGCUCUGACCAACGGGUUAAUAGCUGUGAAAAGUACGAUUUCGUCGCCUGGACUAACCGUACACAAUGAAGAUGCCGAAAUGAGAAACAUGAAUGCUAUCAUAGCAAGGAUAUCAAAAUCUCUACUUGCGGAAAUAAUCAAGUGGACUCUAAAUGAAGAAAGACUGAAAAAGAAGCUUUUCGAGGAAAUUCUAAAACGCAAUGACUUUAUUAAGCACAACCCUACCGACAACAACGGAAUAGAUAAAUUGACGCAAUCUAUAAGGGACGUCGCAGCAAAGUUUCACGUCGCUCAGAACGAAAGGACAAGCUCAAUCCAAAAGCAAAGUGGAUUUAAAGAAUACAUGGAUGGCAUGCGUGAGGACAUAAACACCAUACAGCGCCUUAUCGACACAUACUUCGCCACAGUACACAAAGGACACGCCAAGGCACUCCUGCAAGAAGCUAAUCAGGAGUUAAAGAAGGAUAGUGAGGCUGAAAGUGGAAUGCGUCUACGUCUAGCAGAGGGCAAGAUGCGAAAUGAAACAAACGUCAAUGCAGAGGGAACUCCGGAGCAGUUACGAUGCCCAGGCAACUAUCGUCCGCUACACCCUGACCAACCUAUAGCGGACUCCAACCCUUGUGUACGUUUGGAUAAAUGGGCGGCUCCACAGUAG